GCGCCAGUUUUAGAAUUCACUUUAUUCCGGCGUUUUCGGUGUGAAGCACUGCGUUGGUGAUUGUGUGCAAAGUGAAUGCGCAUUCAGUUCUCGUCAUUACAGAAACAAGCAACAGACAAACAAAAUGCCAAACAAACCUGCAUUCAAAGUCGCGGACUUGAAGUUAGCCGACUGGGGUCGCAAGGAAAUUACUCUUGCCGAAAAUGAAAUGCCCGGUUUGAUGAGCCUAAGGAAGCAAUACGGUGCUUCCAAACCGCUGAAAGGUGCUAAAAUUGCUGGAUGUCUUCAUAUGACCAUUCAAACUGCAGUUUUGAUUGAGACUUUAUUGGAAUUGGGUGCUGAAGUGCAAUGGUCAAGUUGCAACAUCUUCUCGACCCAAGAUCACGCAGCUGCCGCAAUCGCCAAACGCGGUGUGCCCGUCUACGCCUGGAAGGGUGAAACCGACGAGGAAUACAUGUGGUGCAUUGAACAAACACUCGUAUUCCCCGACGGCCAGCCCCUGAAUAUGAUCCUCGAUGAUGGCGGCGACCUCACCAACCUCGUCCACGAGAAAUACUCGCAAUAUCUGACAAAUUGUCGUGGCAUCAGCGAGGAAACCACCACCGGCGUGCACAACUUGUACAAAAUGUUCAAGGAUGGUAAAUUAAAGGUUCCUGCUAUCAAUGUUAACGAUUCGGUCACCAAGAGUAAAUUCGACAAUCUCUACGGUUGUCGUGAGUCACUCAUCGAUGGAAUCAAACGCGCUACUGAUGUUAUGCUCGCUGGUAAAGUAUGUGUCGUCGCUGGCUAUGGAGAUGUAGGCAAAGGUUGUGCUCAAUCUCUGCGCGCGUUCGGUGGUCGUGUAAUCAUCACAGAAAUCGACCCAAUCAACGCGCUGCAAGCCGCUAUGGAAGGUUACGAAGUCACCACCAUGGAUGAGGCGAGCAAAGAAGGACAAAUCUUUGUCACCACCACCGGUUGUAAAGAUAUCAUCAACGGGGAACAUUUUAUGAACAUGCAUAACGAUAGCAUCGUGUGUAACAUUGGGCACUUCGAUUGUGAAAUCGAUGUUGCGUGGUUGGACAAAAACGCGAAGAAUAAGACCAAUAUCAAGCCGCAAGUUGAUAGAUAUACGCUGAGCAAUGGUAAAAAUGUCAUUGUUUUGGCUGAGGGACGUUUGGUUAACCUUGGAUGCGCGACAGGACAUCCUUCUUUCGUCAUGUCGAAUUCUUUCACUAAUCAGGUACUCGCCCAGAUUGAAUUGUGGACGAAACCAGGCACGUACGCAAUUGGAGUGCAUAUGUUACCGAAAACUUUGGAUGAGGAAGUCGCGCGUUUGCAUUUGGAGCAUUUGGGUGUUAAGUUGACGAAAUUAUCAGCCGAUCAGUCGAAAUAUUUGGGCGUUCCUGUCGCUGGUCCGUACAAACCUGAUCAUUAUCGAUAUUAAUUCAAGAAAGAACAAAAAAAAAGAUAUACCGCUACUUAAUUACGUGUUUUGAUUGAUUUGGUUGAUUUUUUAUGAUGGAUUAAAAAAGAAAGUGUUAAUUUUAA